AUAUUUGAUGCAAACAAGUUCAAGGUAGAAAAAUAGCUAAUUCUUUUACUUUUUCUAGUGAAGCAUAAUUUCAGAUACUCGUGUCCCAUCAAAGCUGGUAGUAAGGAAUAUUUUGUCACAUUCCCUUCUUGGAUUCACUUUACUGGCCCCUGAAAACUAGAAGUGAGCUACAUGUUUAUUGACAUAUAAUUUUCAUGAUUGAGAUUCUCAAAUGAAAGUAAUCCCAGUCCAAAUUAAUGAAAAAUUUAAAAAUAAAGAAUUUUAAGAACUACAGUUUUGUAACUUUAAGGACAUACAGUAACUGUAUACAGGCUAACAAAGUGUUGCUUCCUAGAAGGUUUGAUUUAGAAUCCUGUUAUGAAAUUUUAGAGUUGCAAAGGAUCUUCAAAUAUCUAUUGAACAAUUUUUUUUUAUAGUGGUAAAAUGUAUAUAUAUAUAUAAUUCAUUGGCACUGUGUUCAUCAGGUUGUACAGCUAUCACCACUUCCAUUUCCAAAUUAUUCCACCACCAUUAACAAACUCAAUUUCCUCCUGAGUAAAGACUGGAUAGAGUAAUUUUAAGAAUUCCUCUAAAGGAAUUCUGUAAGAAAUGGUAACCCUUAUUUCAUUGUCGUAUUUGAUUGGUGUAUUCUGUAGUAAAAAUAGCAUUUGUUAAACAAUUUUAACGGUGUUCUAACCAAACUUUUGAUUUAAGUAAUUUUGGAUUUUGAGUUACAGCAGUGAAAAUCUUGGUAUUUGGGUGCAAAGAAAGGCAACCUAGCCUCAAAACUUACUGACUCUUAAGCUGCUUCUUUCUAAGACAGGUGAGCUCAUUCACUGAGCUAAAAAAGUUCUCUUCCUUUGAGGUAUUGAUUGUUUUUCUUUUAUUAGUAGGUGCUACUGUUCCCAGAAGGCCUUCACUUCCUGUUAGGAGGCUUCUCACCACACACCUGUUGCCGUCGAGCCGAUUCCAACUCAUAGCGACCCUAUAGGAUAAAUUAGAACAGUCCCAUAGGGUUUCCAAGGAGUGGCUGGUGGAUUCAAACUGCCAACCUUUUUGGUUAGCAGCCAAGCUCUUAACCACUGUGCCGCCAGGGCUUCAGAAGGCUUCUAGAAUUAUGAAAACAUUCUGAAGACCUGUUCAAGUCAAAAGUGAACAAAGAGGGGAAACAGUAUAGCCUAAACAGGAAGGAAGGAAGACUGUUUUAUACCCCAGAAUCAGGCUGCAGCAGGGGAGCAGUGAGAGUGAAGACUCAUGACAGGAUUUCCUAUAAAACCAGCUUUCCCUGGUCACGUUCUUGCUGCUCUAAGACAAUCUUCAUGGCUCCAAAGCCCCCAGCAGAUGCACAAAAAUUAUGUAAUUUUCAUCACAGUCAGUCUACAAUAUGGAAGUUGGUGAACCGUCUAAAGAAGAAAAGGCUGUAGCCAAGUAUCUUCGAUUUAACUGUCCAACAAAGUCUACCAAUAUGAUGGGUCACCGGGUUGAUUAUUUUAUUGCUUCAAAAGCUGUGGAUUGCCUUUUGGAUUCGAAGUGGGCAAAGGCCAAGAAAGGAGAGGAAGCUUUAUUUACGACCCGGGAGUCUGUGGUUGACUACUGCAACAGGCUGUUAAAGAAGCAGUUCUUCCAUCGAGCACUAAAAGUGAUGAAAAUGAAAUACGAUAAAGACAUAAAGAAAGAAAAAGAGAAAGGAAAAGCCGAAAGUGGAAAAGAAGAAGAUAAAAAAAGCAAGAAAGAAAAUACAAAGGAAGAAAAGAUGAAGAAGGAAAAAGAGAAAAAGAAAGAUGGUGAAAAAGAAGAAUCCAAAAAGGAGGAAGCUCCAGGAACUCCCAAAAAGAAGGAAACUAAGAAAAAAUUCAAGCUUGAACCACACGAUGAUCAAGUGUUUCUGGAUGGAAAUGAGGUGUUUGUGUGGAUCUAUGACCCAGUACACUUCAAGACAUUUGUCAUGGGAUUAAUUCUUGUGAUUGCAGUGAUAGCAGCAACUCUCUUCCCUCUUUGGCCCGCAGAAAUGAGAGUGGGUGUUUAUUACCUCAGUGUGGGCGCAGGCUGUUUUGUAGCCAGCAUUCUUCUUCUUGCUGUUGCUCGUUGCAUUCUGUUUCUCAUCAUUUGGCUGAUAACUGGAGGAAGGCAUCACUUUUGGUUCUUGCCAAAUCUUACUGCUGACGUGGGCUUCAUUGACUCCUUCAGGCCUCUGUACACACAUGAAUACAAAGGACCAAAAGCAGACUUAAAGAAAGAUGAGAAAUCUGAAGCCAAAAAGCACCAAAAGUCCGACAGUGAGGAGAAAUCAGACAGUGAGAAAAAGGAAGAUGAGGAGGGAAAAGUAGGACCAGGAAAUAACGGGACAGAAGGUUCAGGUGCAGAACGACAUUCAGACACAGACAGUGACAGGAGGGAAGAUGACCGAUCCCAACACAGUAGUGGAAACGGGAAUGAUUUUGAAAUGAUCACAAAAGAGGAACUGGAACAGCAAACAGAUGGUGAUUGUGACGAGGAGGAGGAAGAGGAAGACAAUGAUGGAGAAACAACUAAACCUUCAAGUGAAAAAUCAUAAACUUAAUAUAAUUUUGGGACUGAAUAAGUGCAAGAAGUUGGAUUUUCUGUGUUGGCCGAUCAUCAGAAUAUACAUGUGGUAUUUGUAGCAUCCUUUAAAUCCAUUUGCUGAAAUGAAUUUGACAUCCACACAGUUCUAUUUAGUCCUUCGUGUUACAGAUUACUAUCACUGGUACAGUCUAAAGCCAUUAAAACAAGUUUUAUCCAUUUGAUGAUAAUUUUACAGUAACCAGGUCUCAUUCCUUUUGAUAGUUACCAGUGAUGCAGUUUCCAUGAUGACAUUUAGAUUAAUGGUAUUUUUGAUAGUUGUAUGGCUUUUUACUGUUAGACUAAUCAGAAUAACUUUAAAAAGGAUAAAAGAAAGACCAGCAUUGCAGAUUAUGUUUAGUUACGUAGCCAUUUCACUGUUUUCUUUAAGAUGAAAUAUUUAAACUCAUUGUUCUCUUGAUAAUUAAACUUUUGUUUUUAAUUUUAUAAAAGUAACCAGGAAAUUUCUUUUAAGAUUCUGAGUUAGCAGAGUUCAAAAGCAUUUUGUGGAAACAUGCCAACUAGUAAUAAUGCAACAACAGUUUUAGUUUAGCUACAAAUUCUCCUUUUCCAGCUUAGGAAAUCCAAACUCAUUUGUACAUCUGAUUCAGAGAAAGAUGGUCAUCUCCAACAGAGUGUGUGGUGGCUGUUUCCCUCCGUCCCCAUUUCCUUGUCAUAACAUAAAAUGUAUUCUGUACAUAAUUUACAAAUAUUUUAUUUUAAUUGUUACUUAUUAUUUAGACAUUUUCUCAACACUUAAAAAUUUGUAAAAUUAAAACUAUGUAAGGGUAUGUUUUUAGAGAAAUGCGAGUUUCGAUAACCCACAGAACAUCAGUAAUCAGUCUUUCUACAGCAGCUUCAGUUGUGUGCCAACAUUCCAUGUAUUUCAAUGAAUAAAAACUGAUCCUUAUUAAAUAAGAGCAGAGUUAAAGUAGCUGUUUGAUGCCUUAAUGUUCAUUUUGAUUUAUUUUAAAUCUCUACAUUAAGAAAUGGAGUACUGUAUUAUCAGACCAGGAGGCACUGCUGUGAAAGAUAAUUUACUGUUCUAAAAUAUCAAUUUAAAAUAAAGGACGUAAGAGAACCAUUGGACUCUAAUUGCUUUGACUAGUUUUGCAGUUCAAUUUUAUGUCUUGUAUACCUUAGUUACAAGUUUUUGUUUUUUUUUUUUUGAAAAAUCUUGUGUUUACUUAUGAACAUGUUAAGAUCAUUCCUUGGAGUUAUAUUCUUAUGAACUGAUACAAUGAAUAUAAAAUUAUUUUCUUCCUUCAGUCACAGUGAGGGUAUUUUGCUUUGUAGUUGAAAUUGGUGGUGUGUGUAGGCUUUUAUUUUUCUUUAGGCUGUUUCCCAUCAAAGUGUUUUGACUAAAGAUGUUAAAUUUUUCUAAUUGUGAAAAAAUACAUUUUCUGUAAAUUAACACAUUUUAUUAAAUGUGGUAUAAUUGCUUCUUUAUAGUAUUACUUGUAAGUGGACAGAAAUGUAGCUAUUCAAUGUUAAUGCAAUUCUAUCAAGGAUAUAAUCAGAUACAAUCAGUCAUUUUAAGAGUUUUUCCCUUGGCAAAUGUUUAUUAAGUGACUGGGUAUUUUCCCCUCACAUUUACAGAGCUCUGUUGCUGAUUUCCACAGUAAAGGCAUGUAUGGUUAUAGCUUGUGAGCCUAAUCACCAGUAACAAUAGCUCUUUUGGGGUAUGAAAAUGGUACCAGAAGUGUUUUUCAUAAAUAAAUGGCUUGGUAAACCUUUGCUACUAUGAUAAAUCAAGAUAUUCAGUAUUUAUCCUAAAGCUCUUAUAAUGUAUGUACUGUGUUUCAGUCGUUUGGAGCAUGGCAGUCAGGGUAAUCAGCUUCUUAUUGAUGUUUGUAGAUUCUUACAGAAUGUUAGUAUAAAUUUGUAUAAAUAUUUGGUGAUUCCUGAGGGAGGAAAUCAGAGAUCUCAGCUCAGUGUCUGUUUUACUAUUCAAGGUUGUGUACUUUAAACAAAUACAUAAAAAUCAAAAGGCUGCCACUAUCACAGCCUUCAGAAGAAUAGGCAGCUGUUUUUGUUGGCUGACAUUAAAUAUUCUUGUGCUAGCGCAGAAUUGCUUAGAUUAGUUAAUGGAAUAGUGAUUUGAAAAAACUUUAGGUUUGCUAUGCUACUGUAAGUAGAAGCAUGAAGCUUUGGAUAAUGUAGGGUUUAUUGUGGAGUGAGUAUAAAUGGCCUAACUAAGCAAGACUGGAUUAACCAGAGGCUGAGUCCAGUUAGUAAGACUAAUGCAUGUGUGAUGGUUCUUAAAAUCAAUGUAUUAAACAGGAUGUCUUUCGUUUUCUUUUCCCCUGGAUUUUUACUUUUAAUUUUCAAACUCUGAGUCUUUUCUAGACAACUUUAAUUGAAAAUAACCCAUAUUUAGAAGAAUGCUAUUCAGAAAGUAAUACUAACAAACUGAAAUUAUGUAGUGCUGAUGGGUUUUGGUGUGUUCCCCCUCUUUCUAGUUAACUGGUGACUAUGGAAGAAUCUAUUUUCUUUGUAAACUGAAUUUCCCUUUUUUGAAUCUUACUACUGCUAGGAACUGGAAAACAGCAAGUAUUUUACUAUAUUAUAAAGCUCUCAUAUAUAUCUACCUUAUCUACAGAAUGGAAUUGAUUACUGAUGAUCCAAUAUUUGAGUAACAUUUUAAAUACCCAGUCUCUCUGAAAGUUUUCAGUUCCUAAUUGUGUAUACUAGAUAAUUUGCUUUUAAUCUUCAUUUCAGCAAUAUUUCAUCUCUUUGUUGGCUCAUUCAUUCCUGCUUAUUCACUCAUUCCAUAUUACUGAGCACUUACCAUGUGCCAGAAUUUUACUAGGCACAGCCAUGAAUUAAAAAAUAGUUUGCCUUCUUGGAGCAUCAAGUGGUGCUAUGGUAGGCAUUUGCCAAAUGUGGUGGAUGUCUCUCAUUUACCCUUCCAGAUCCAGUCUCCAGAUCACUCUCUGUCCCACAAGGCUGACCUGAAUGGACCACAGCAAUGGGCUCCUAGGCCUCCUGGCUUCUAGGUCAGUUUGACCAAGGAGUGUCCUGGCUAAAGAUCUGAGGACCCUCAGGGUGUUUAUGCUCUUGGCUGCCCUCAGUAGUCACCAUGUCUCCCAAACUGCCCUUCACCACUCUUCUUAAAGUUACCACUUUCUGCUCUCUUCCCUUCUGGCCGAGGCUGAUGUCCACUCAACUAUUAGGCUUGAGUUGCUGAAGCUACUGUGCUUUCCUCUGUGGCUCCCCUACACACACACCUUUGUAUACUAUCUCCUCAAAAUAUCUUAAGACCACUUGUUGUUAGAACCUAGACUGAUAAACUAAGGAGAAAUUCCUAGUGAGGAGCUUACCUCUUGAACAGGUCCUUGUUACCAAACAUUAGAAAGUAUUUCCCAACCUUCUGUAACUUUCAGUUAUAGCCUGUCCUAAGAGUUUUGAUAACCAGAAUAUCUUGUUCUAAUAGAUGUGUAUGCUGAUAAUUACAAAAGGAGAUUAAAUUGUUCUUUGGUAAGCCCCUAAACCAGUGUCCACAGCAUUUUGUUGUGAGUUUCUGAGUAGAUCCAAAUGCAUUUACUCCACUUUUCCCACCUAGCUUCUAUGUCUUUUCCAUCUGGAUGAAAUUUUCACCCUAAGAGGACAUCUUUUCUCUGGUUGUAGUGUUAGGGUUGUCCAAAAGCCUUAUGAUCUGAACUCUUAGCAAGACACUAGAAUGAAAGGACAGGGUGGGCUAAGUUUCUCUGGGGUGACAUCAUCAAACUUGGUCCAUUACCUCAUUUUACAUGAAUGCCUAGAUCAUUUCAACUUCUUUGUGCCAUGGACCCCUCAGAUUGAAUUCAAGUGCAGAAAAUACAUGAGAUUACAAAGGAAGCCAAUUAUAUUGAAGUACAAGUUAUCAAAAUAUGUACAUUUGUGAUACAGUAAUAUAUGUGUGCAUUACAUAACCAGGUCCAGUGGGGGGGGGGGCUAAUAAUUGCUGUGACAUUGAAGUAGCAUAAACAAUAUUUUGACAUCUUUACAACAACUGUAAUAUAAGGAAAAUAGCUGAUCAAUUGUUGACAAAGUCACAGUUAUUGCUUACACAACUGUGGAUUGUCUGCAUUUAUAAUUGAAGGAAAUACUUUCAGUUAUUGUCUAGUGAAAAUAAAGAUUUUUUUUUUCCCACCCAA